AAUAAAUAUUAUGAUGAAAGUGUCAUCGGUGUCAUACUGUCAUCGUUUUGAAAUCAAUUUUUACUAUUAAAUUAUAGAAAAUUUUGUUUACUUUUCGUAUUAAAAUUACUUUCCUAUAAGUUUUUAUGUUGUACUAAGUGUUUUUUACAUACACAUGGGGAAUGUCGUCUACAUCAUUUCGUAUAAUUGUCAAAAGUUUUCAGAAUUCAAAAGGUUUGGAGAACUUAAAGAGUUUGAGAUUUAUUAGCACAUAUUGUAAUAUGUUUAAAGAUCAAAUGGCAGUAUUAGAUGAUCGUUGUCGACUGUCAGAAGUGGAUUCUUUGCAAUUUGAAAUAAGCAGUCUUUCAUGGCUCCAUCAAGCGGCUCCAGGUUUUCCUGUGAAUGGAUCAAAGAUCACAAUUAUCGAGGAGCCUUCUGAAUUUUAUUCCACUUUAUUAGAAAAAUGCAAAACAGCCCAAAAUCGUAUUGUUCUAUCUUCCUUGUAUAUUGGAAAUGGAAAAUUGGAAACCAAACUGAUUGACACUAUUGAAGAAACUCUGGAUGCAAAUGAUGGCAGUGUAAAAAUAAGUAUAUUAAUAGACUAUAUGCGUGGUUCGCGGGGCAAACAAAAUUCUCGCAAAUUAUUACAAUCCUCCUUGAAUGGCAAGUGGAAAAAUUGCUGGAAUGUUUUUCUCUAUCACACACCGAAACUUCGAGGAGUUCUAAAAAGAGUCACGCCCGAUCGUUAUAAUGAAAUGAUUGGUUUGCAGCAUAUGAAGUUGUAUUUAUUCGAUGAUACUCUCAUCAUCAGCGGUGCCAAUCUCAGUAAUGAUUAUUUUACAAAUAGACAAGAUAGAUAUUUCAUGAUUGAAGAUUGCAAGGAACUUUGCGAUUUUUAUAGUGAACUUAUAGAGAAAGUAGGAGAAUUUAGUUUUCGUUUAAUGCCAGAUGGAAGUGCAGUUCCUUGUUCCGUGGAAUGUAAUCCACUGAAAAGUCCGGCAAAGCAAUUUAAUGAAUCUGCUGCUGGGAAAAUUCGUACAUUAUUUCAAACGGAAAUAAUGAAACGGUCGGAAAUUAAUAAGCAAGCGGAAAGUCUCGAGACAGACACGUGGAUAUUUCCUUUAAUACAAAUGAGCCAGUUGGAUAUUUGGCAUGACAGUGAAGUGACACUUCGACUUUUACAAACUGCUCCGUUUGGUGCUACCUUGAGACUUGCGACUGGCUAUUUUAAUUUAACGACCGAAUAUCGAAACGCAUUAUUGGGCGAUUGUCGAGCUGUUUGUCAUCUUCUCACUGCACAUCCGACAGCUAAUGGUUUCUUUGGUGCCAAAGGAAUGGCAGGCGGAAUACCUGCCGCUUAUACAAAAAUCGAGGAAAAAUUUUGCAAGUUAUCGGAAAAAUUACAACAAGCGGAAAGAAUAACUUUAUGGGAAUUCCAACGACCGGGAUGGACGUAUCACGCCAAGGGACUUUGGUACACGUUACCUAAUCAACAGAAACCUUCUCUGACACUUAUUGGUUCACCAAAUUUCGGCUACAGAUCUGUGAUGAGAGACCUUGAAACUCAAAUAGCAGUUGUCACGAAAAAUGAAAAAUUACAAAAUUCACUUCAAAGGGAAUAUGAGAGAUUGUUCCAGCUCGCGACACCGGUGAAUUCAAAAUCAUUUCGACAGGAUGAUAGAAUUCCUCCAGCUUGGGUACGUGCUGUCGUUCUUCUAUGUCGAUAUUAUUUUUAAUUACUAGUCAUAAUUAAUUAAUUUAAUUAAUUAGUCGUAAUUUAAUUAAAUUAAUGAAAUCAAUGAAAUGAAUAAUUGUACAUAUUUAAUAAUUAAAGAAAACUCAA